AGUCCUCAGGUGGCAGACACGCCCUUCAGUCCGGACCAGCAGAACUUCAGUCCGGUGUGGAGGAGGAGGAGAGAGAGGCCGUGUGUCGAUGCGCUCUUCUGAAGACCUGAUGGAACAUUCCGCCCACAGCUGCAUCUGUUCCCUCGCAACAGCCAAUCACAGGGCUCCAUGAUCCCAGGGGCCGGCGUCACCAUGACGACCACAGCGUUCCUCGAGUCCUCGGCGGAGUUGAAGAGUCACACCUGAGCAGAGAUGUCGGGUCAGUGGACGCUCCUGCUGCUGCUCCCUCUGUUGGUGAAGACCAGGACUGCAAGCCCGUGUGUGUGUCCAGCAGCGGUGGUUCACACCCGGCUUCCUGCCCAGGUGGCGGCUGACGUCUGCUGUCUGAACUUCUCCGGCUCCUCCUUCGGCGAUGUGGACUGGUCUGUGUUCACCAACCAGUCCACGGUUCUGGAGAUACUAGACCUUUCCUGGUGCAACAUCACGACCAUCACGUUUGAUGCGGGACCGACUGCGCUACACAAGGUCCACCUCAACCACAACAGACUCGAGUCGUUGCCCCAGGACUUCCUGUCCAGCCAGCCUCAGCUGACCGAGCUGGACCUCAGUUGGAAUGUUCUCCAGGAGCUUCCAGAUGAGUUCCUUCAGGACUCUAACAGAAUCCAGCACUUGUAUCUCCAAGGGAACAAACUGAGGUUCCUGCCUGUCUCUGUCCUGAAGAAGCCGGAGCUGCAGAGUCUGGAUCUUGGAGGAAACCUGUGGGACUGCUCUUGUGCCUUCCUGGAGAACCUGGAGGAACGUCGGAACAGAACCCUCCCUCUGAAGGACCUUGUUGGGAAUCUCACGUGCGUCACACCCAGAAGCCUUGCCGAUAGGCUCAUGUGGUCGGUGCAGCGCCGGGAGGUGUGUCAGCCGGCGGCUUUGACCGCCCUCUUCGUCACGCUGCCCCUCCUCAUCCUCGCCACCCUGGUCAUCUGCUGGUGCUGCGGCCGGAAGGCCAAGAAGGAAGCUCCAGUGUUCGGCACUAGCAAGAAACGGCCUUCCACCAGGUUCCCCGGACAACAGCCGGAAUCUCCUGAGCCGGACCCUGGACCUGACAUCCUGAAAAACCAGCUGCUGCUCCGCCCAAUGUCCGAGCACCUGAGCAGCAUCCGAGACAUCUAUGAGGAGGUCAAACUGGGCUCGGUGGCCUCUCUGCCUAGAGGUUCUUCUCCAAGCUCCAGCUGCUCUGACAGGCUUCAAAGCUCUCAGGAGCCGGACCGGUCCAGCCGGGGAGAGUUGGACACUGUCAGCGUCACUGAGGUUCUGAAGGACUCAGCUGACAGAGAGAAGGCCUACAUGACCCAGUCCACCAAGUACUACAGUCUGGUCCCGGGCCUGGAGCUGGAGGACUCGGACCACGGAGGCUGCGAGGACGCGGAGCCGAACUGAGCACUUCACAUGUCGGACCUUUCCCCUCCGAUGUUUUUAACUACUGACCAAGAAGGCGAAGGAAUGCGGUGACAUCUAGUGGUGAGCUGGAGAGUCGUGAUUUAUAUGUGCAAG